CGGUGCAUUGUUUUUAACCCGCGUUCUCGCAGAGCGCGGAGCUAUAUAGAGUGGCUCCGUCGCCAUGAAGUCGUGCUCGGAUUCAAGCACCGGGGACGAAGCGUACAGCCUGGAUGACGACCUUGAUGCGUUCAGCAACGUUCUGCCGAUAGCACAUAGGCUGAGCUAUAUGAGAGCGCUGCUGUUUCUCCGACCGCAGACUUUCGUGCCGCUUAGUCCCUGCGAAGAGUCAAAUCUUUUGUCUCUUCUGUCCUCGGAAGGGGCCUCCGAUGGCUCUCAGCGCGUCUGUGCGACUGCGAACUUGCAAGACAACCCGUUCGUGCGUCGCAUAAGAAGGAGGCUAUUGCUGCGUCAGACAAAACGCACCGUCUCUGGAAAGUCUACGAGUCUGUUUUGCCUGGAGAGUCGAAUUCGCCAGAUGCUUCAAGAGACAAAGCCAGGCCAGCUUUGCCUGAGCGACCUUUUCCCCAGAAAGGUGAUUCAGAACUACUUGCAGGAGCUCCCACACGAGGAAAUUGCGAGCGCCGUGCACUCAGGGGCACGCAAAAAGGGCAGGCGAUCCAAAGACUAUCAAGUCAAAGUCGACUCAACUCGAGCGCAAAACCGAAAGCUUCGCUCUUGCGAACAGCAAACGAACAUUGAUGCAAUCCUACGGAAACACGAGCGAGUCAAGAGAAUACUGCAAUCCCAGAGACAACAAAUAGAGAACGAGAUCAAGUCAGAAUCGCUGGCCAUACAAAACUAUGCAGCUCCGUGGCCGCAGUCUCCUGAAAACGGUCUCUCUCUGACUGAUUCGACAUGCGAGAUAGAGGAGCCGAGCCUCCAAAACUCGGGCGUCGUCUCGGAGGGACCUCAGGAAAUCCCUCGAUGCUGCCCGUCUUCCGUCGAGCCGUCUGACAGUAGCGUCGACAAGCGUCCGCGGCCGAAUUAUCAGACCAGGGAAAUAUGCGACAGGAUAAAGGCCAUUGCCCUGCACUCGAGCAACGACGGUGCGGGAUCGGCGGAGAUGCGACAACAUCUGCUGAGGACAGUCGGGCAUGUUGAAACUGUCUUCGAUCCGAGUCUAGAUCCAGCCGGACGCCUUUGGUCAUUCGAAGAACAAAUUUUCGGGGACAUCCACAACAAGCGCGCCAACACGCCCAUCAUAUCUCUAUGGUCCAGAAGAGUCAUCAAACCAAUCAUAUGGCGCGACUACGAAACCGAGCCCCCAAAACUAAAACUGCUUCUCGACAUACAAAGACGCGCGAUGCCACCACAUCUAUCUCCGGCCGCCAGGGAGCCUAUCCAAUACAAGUAUUUGCGACCCCACAUGCUUCCGCAAAUCAAAAAGCUACUUCAAGACCUUCUUUGGCCCAACAUCGAUGUCAGCGAGAGUCUGCUGUAUCCGGAGCACACCGUGGUCGCACUCUACAGAGAGCUCGUCGUCGGCUGCGGUUUUGUCACCAACUUUGGGUACAUCACCUAUGUCUGCGUACACCCAGAAUGGCAGCGCAGUGGGAUCGGGACCUUCAUGCUGUACCACCUAAUUCAGACGUGCCCCCACAAAGACAUCACGCUUCACGUCUCGGCGAAUAACUCAGCCGUCGUCUUGUACCAAAAAUUUGGCUUCAAAAUCGACGAGUACGUUGUGAACUUCUAUGAAAAGUUUCUUGCGUCUCAGAGCAGCCUGUCCAAAGACGCCCUCUUCAUGCGGCUCCGAAAGUGAGGGCGUGGGCGCCCUGUUUUGGGACUGGCGGGAAGCGACGAGCAAAUUCUCGAGACGGCUCGUAAGGCCGGUACAAAAUGAUGGAUCUUCUUUUCGCACUGCGGUGCGAAUAUGUAGAAGGAGGGGAACGAACGCGCCCAGACUUCGCGUCGCAGCGCACGCAACCGAAAAAAAAUACAACCGAACCGGUCACACGUACACGACCGUUCAAGAAGCAACUUUUGAAGAAAAUCGGCACUUUUUAAUCAGCGUAUUUUCUCUCAGUCUUCACUUCU